CAUUUGAUUAGAAAUGGCUCAGAAAUUGACUUUGGUCUGCUGCACAUUGCUAAGCAUUGCGGCUGCCAGCUACAUACCUCAUGGUGGCUACGAGCAUGGUCACGGCGUGGGUUACAGCAUACAGACGCAUCAUGAAGCGCCCAAGAAGUGGCAUAGCCAUGAACAGGAGCACCACUGGGCACCACAGCAGCAGCACUACUAUGUAGCUGCGGAACCACAGUCGGUGCACUGGGCUCCACAGCAUCAUCAUGUGGCAGAGGAGCCGCAUCAUCAUCCCAAAUACCAGUUCGACUAUGGCGUCAAGGAUACCAAAACGGGCGACAUUAAGCAGCAGUGGGAGACGCGUGAUGGCGACAAGGUCAAGGGUGGCUACACCAUGAAGGAGGCCGAUGGACGCACUCGCAUUGUGGAGUACACUGCCGAUGACCACAACGGCUUCCAGGCGGUUGUCAAGCACAUUGGACACGCCCACCAAGCGGAGCACAAGUCCUACGAUCACAGCUACUACGGACAUGGUCAUGGGCAUGCCACCAGCUAUGUGGACGUGAAACAGGAUACAGACAGCAAAUGGUGGUAGACAAUAGACGAA